CCGGAGCGGAAGUGUGUUGCAUCGUGUUUUAGUCUUGUUUAUGUGAUUUCUGUUGCGGGUCUGUGUUUCAUGUGUUCACAUCCCGUGUGUCAGACGUGUGAGGGUUAAUUUGCUUCUUCUCUCAUCGCUUUUUGAGCCUGUAAAAGGAAUCGAGGUGUGAAGUUGCGAUGCUGAGCCGCCGACAUGAGGCGGACAAGUUUUUCUGUCUUUGCGUUUCUGCUCAACAUGAUGGAAACUUCAGCAGCUUCCUAUAUCAUCACAGCUGAUGCGGGCAGACCAGUAGGAGAUCUGAAACACUUCUGGAGGAGCACUGGUUUCUGCCCCCCGCUCCCUCACACCCAGGCCCACCAGUUUGACCUGAGCAUCGACCAGCAGCUGAACCUGGCCUAUGUGGGCUCAGUCCCCCAUGGAGGGAUCCAACAGGUCCGGAUUCACUGGAUGUUGGAGCUGGUCACUGCACAAGAUAUUGGAGGACGACCUCAGUACAACUUCACCAAACUGGACCAGCUGAUAGAACUCUUGUGGAUCAAUGGACUCAGACCAGGUUUUGAACUGAUGGGCAGUGUCUCAAACUACUUCACUGACUUUGAGGACAAGUCACAAGUGAUGGAGUGGAGGAACCUGGUUUAUCUCAUAGCCAGGAGGUACAUCGACAGGUUCGGCCUGGGAAGCAUCUCUCAGUGGAACUUUGAAACGUGGAACGAGCCCAACAACCGAGACUUUGACAACGUCACCAUGUCGAUUCAAGGGUUUCUGAACUACUACGAUGCCUGUUCGGAGGGUCUGCGCGCUGCCAACGGCCUCCUGAGGUUCGGGGGUCCAGGUGACUCCUGUCACUCUCCCCCACACUCACCCUACUGCUGGGCCAUGCUGCAGCACUGCUACAACGGCACCAACUACUUCACCGGAGAGACGGGGGUCAGGAUCGACUACAUCGCCCUGCAUAAGAAGGGAGGAGGCUACUCCUGGCCGAUCCUCCAGCAGGAGAUCCAGACGGUGGAGGAGAUCCAGCAGCGUUUCCCGCAGUUCCGCAGCCUCCCGGUUGUUAACGAUGAGGCGGAUCCGCUGGUGGGCUGGUCCAGGCCGCAGGAGUGGAGGGCUGACGCGACCUACGCUGCCAUGGUGGUGAAGGUGAUAAACCAGCACCAGGAUCUGCUGCUGGCAGACCCGAACAGCACCAUCAACUACACCCUGCUGAGCAACGACAACGCUUUCCUGAGCUACCACCCGCACCCCUUCACCCAGCGCACGCUGACCGCCCGCUUCCAGGUCAACAACACCCGGCCGCCUCACGUGCAGCUGAUCAGGAAGCCCGUCCUCGCCGUCAUGGGCCUGCUGGCUUUGCUAGGAGAGACCCAGGUCCUGGCUCAGGUUUCGAACUCUCCAGGAACCGACAACAGCACGGUGGGAGUUCUCGCCAGCACCCACAAGCCCGACGUACCAGGCGGCGCCGACGGCUGGCAGGCGGCAGUGCUGGUCUACAACAGUGACGACAACAGCACCUCCACCGGCGUCGAUGACGCCUCCAUCUCACUGACGGGACUAGCUGCACAAGCGGGUCUCGUUUACGUCUCAUACUACAUUGACAACAAUGUGACGAACCCGUACGAGUUGUGGCAGAGCAUGGGCAGCCCGGACUACCCCACGGCCCAGCAGUUCAGACGCCUCCGGAGUGUGCAGGACCCUCGUGUCGACGGACCCUGGGAGGUUCCUGCAGGGGACACUCUGACUCUGAAGGUCAAGCUGUCGCUGCCCUCAGUCCUCCUGGUCCACGUCUGUGCUCAGCCCAAAGCCGUGCCGGACCAGGUCAAUGGAUUACGCUUCAUUAGGAUCACCAAAGGCCAAGUCCUGAUUGUCUGGUCGGACCACUGUGUUGGUUCCAAAUGCAUCAAGACAUUUGAGGUGGAAUUUUCCUCCGACCAGCAGCAGUUCAGCAGGAUCAACGAUCAGGACACCAUCUUUACUUCUUAUGUUUACUCACCUGUGGACCAGCAGGUCAGCGGGCUGUACAGAGUCCGAGCUGUGGACUACUGGGGACGGCCCGGGUCCUACUCGCUGGCGGAGAGAUUUUCAGAGGAUCACUAGACCAAAGUCACACCUGGUCGUGUUUCACACAGUGUAAAUACAUUUCAUGGCUGAAAAUCUGAAAACAGUGAACUCCUUCACACUUUUAGUUGUCAGUUUGAACUCUGAGCCUCGUCAGCCUGUAAACUCAUGUUAACAUGAGAUUUACUGUUGUUAGUUGUUGCUACUGUGUGAAAGGAGAAGUCAGAUCCAUCAUAUCAGUCAGUCAUCAGCUGAUCUCACUGUUACACAAACUGUAAUCUCAUGGAUCCAUUAAUCGUCUCCUGUAAUGUUUUUAAAUGUUCAUUUUUUUACACUCAACGUGUCUCAGAUCUUUCUCUCUUUCGCUCAUUUUUUCAAAGAGAAGCACAGCAGCACAUUUCUUUAUAAAAUUUAUUGUCACCAACACAGAGUGAUAACACAGUGCAGAUGUUUCCCAUCAGCGUGACAACAGUGCACAGAUGUUCUCCCCACUUCUCACUGGAUUUGGUUUGGAAUUAUAUUUUCAUUGUGGUGUUAAUUACACUUGUUACAUUAGGGCAUUGAAUUGGAUUUAUCCGAUAACUCUCUCCGUUGACAUCGGGACAGAUCAAUAACAGGAUUAUUGACGGGACUCUGUCUUGUCUUGUUUUUGGAUGAGAUGAUCCGUCUGGUUUGAUGAAGAGCAACUCAACAGACUCCAGCAGUUUAACAAGCUCCUGUUCAAGAAGAGAGGAGGAAGAGGACCGAGCGUCAGAUAAGUUUAAACGUAGCAUUAGUUCUGAAUAUAGAGAAUAAAAUGUGUUUUAAGUUAAGAUCCAGAGAUAAACGUGAGUCCUCAGAGUGAGUUUUUGUGAUUCAGAGCAACAAAUGGCUUCUUUAAAGACACUUUCUGUCUCCCUAAAUUUAAAUAUCAUGUUCUUUUAAAAAGUGCUGUAACAGGCUCUACAACACACUGAGUUCAUACCAGACUGCAGCACGGGCUGGAACUCUCCGGCCAUGCAGAUCUCCUCCUGCUUUUGGCGGACGGCUCUCUGGAUGGCGGGGGGGAGGCCACGGGGGUUGCGUGAGAAGACCAGGGCGUAGCCGUCCUCGCAGCUUCCGUCCUCCUUCAGGCUGCGGCAGGCGUAGGUGAUGGCGUAGUUGUCGUAGUCGGUGUCAAUGACCCAGUAGUUGUCACCUGGAGGAGCAGAGAGGAAGUUAACCUCAACUGUGUGAGCGAGACGCAGAGAGCAUACGUGUGGACAGGUGAGGAGGCUCACCGCCGCUGGACAGGUAGCUGGCCAGUCCCUGGUAGUUCAUGAACAUCUUGCCGGGGGUGCCGGGGUCGGGCACGGAGUACUGAGCCGCCAUGUCGGCGCACACGACCCAGAACCUGGAGGUCAGGUAGAGAAAAAAAAACAUCUGUAAACCGGACCUGAAACCUUCAGUUAUUCAAACAGUUCACAUUCACACGGCUGCUACGAACACCCACCCAAAGAGAGUGACUCUGCCCCUGGAGGAGGCAACCAUGGCACCGUCGUCUCCAACAGUGUAUUCAGCAGAGAUGUUGUCCUGCAGGAACAAACCCUCAGGAUCCUUCUUCUGCAGAGCGUACCACUUCCCUGCAUACUGCAUACAAAGAGGAGAGUCAGGUGUGCAGUAACUCAACAACAACACGGUAUCACAUUGUACGCUGAUGAUGUUCUAGUUUACUCAGAGGAUGCUGAUCACUUUAACCCUGUUCAAUCCAUUCUCCUACUUAAUAAUAAUAAUAACAAUGAUGCAUUUUGUUUGUAGACGUCUUGAGGACACCUUACAGGAUAUGGUCAAAACAUUAAGACAGCAGUAAUAAGUUCAUAUAAUAACGAUAUAACGGUAUAAAAUCAUCGUCAGUGCAAAAGCCAAUGUGUUUGUAAGCACUGGAGUCAGAAUCAGACUGAAUAUUCCAACCUGCUCACCAGGUGUCCUGAACGUGCGUCAUAGUGUUUCUGUCAAAGCUAUCAGGCUGAUUCACAUCACAGUAACUUCUGCUGUAACUGAACCGAAUACUUGAAACUGAUACUAGCUGUUGAGUUGUGUAUUCGACUCUGCUGGUAUCUAUGAGUGUCUGUACUCACUCUUUUGGGGUCGAAGUCCUCUUUGACGGUGAAGCUGUCCACCACGCAGGAGGCCAGGCUCUGCUCCACACAGGCCAGGACCAGCAGCACCAGGGCAAAGACUUGGAAGUCCAUUCUAGACAAAACACAAGUGGAGCUCCUUUAGAGCUGCGUUCCUGUUGACUUUAAUUCCACUAUUAUAAAAUCUCCUGUAAUGAUUAGAUGCUGCAGCUGUCAGCACAGACUGACUCAAGCAGAGUGCUCUGCAUUCAGCUGGACCCCCAAAACACAGCGUCUUCUUACCUGGAGUGUAGAAUGAGUCUGCAGGAAGGUUUCAGUGUUGCUGCAGUGUCUGAGCUGAGGUGGAGGCGCCGGGUGAGCCUUUUAUACCCGACGCACAGACGGGCUCACUGAUUAUUUUCACUUCUUGAGCCUAAAUGCAGAGUUUAAAUCUACCGCUAAUCCAGUUAACAAAAUCCCCGCUGUAAGCUGAUGAACCCUCGCAUUCAGCAGUGUGUGGGCUUUAUGUAAUUGUUUGCAGGGCUCUAUAAUGAGGUACAUAAUGGCAGAUGCUCAAAAAGAGGUGGCCUGAGCCUCGGGUCACAUGUCACACGAGUAUUUCUGACACUAAGGUUUCAUGAAGAGCUCCAAUAGACCUGAGUGCAAAUCUAAAGUUCUGUUGACACCUGCUGCAGCAGUCAUCUGAGACAAAAGAUGGUUUCAGUAUAUUUUGGGGUUUGUUUUCUCUACUUAAAGAAUCCAUGAAUCAGACAUCUUCCAGAUAAAAUGUCUCCUGUUCCCAUAAACACACUGUAACGUUCUGUUUUUAUUCUUCACCUCAUUCACAAACAGCCUCAAUGAGUAAGAGCAAAUCAAAUGAUCCCUCUUUGAUUAGUGUUUGGAUUUCUUGUUAACGCCAGGUUCUGAUUAGUGUGAGGGUGACUCGUUUUCUUCUUCAUCACCGCAGACAGAACAAAGAUCCACAAAGUUUAAGGAUCAAAGACGAGCAAAGGAAGGAAAAAGAAUUUUCACUUUUCCGAGCAGCACGAAAGAAGAAGUGGUCACAGUUGACAUUAUGAAAUCGUCUGGCGAGCAUAUUGAAGUCAUGUUAUGUCAGCAGAGGCUCAGCUGUUCCCGGCUGCUUGGUUAAGUAAUGUUCUGUCAUCCAAAUGCUGCCAGAGCUUCAACCUGUAAUCCAGGACCGAACGUGUCAUAUGGGAAACAGCUGAGGUGUUACAGGAAGUUCUGCACACAGGGUGAAAAGGCCCGUUUAGAAGAGCAGAACCAGCCUGUGAAAUGAAAAGCUGCGUCAGAUGCAUUCAUAUCCUCCGCUGUUAUUCUCUAUAUAUCAUCAGUGUCAUGUUUCCCAUCACUUCUUGGAGCCACUUCUGUAGACUUUGUUUUUUUGCCUUUGUUUCUUUCAAUGUUUUGAACUCCACCAUGUGUUUUGUGUUGUAAGCAGAUGACUAAUCUCAGUCUCACCAGUCUGAGGAGGUAUUUCUGUUAACUACAGUAGGUGAGAGCUAAGUAAAGACCAGUAGCAUGCCACUUAAGUCCGGCCGUAUUUUUAGUCGGCCUCAGCAUUGUUGUUGUAAUAAUAACCUGUCCUGAGGAUAUUAGGUAAGUUCCCUGCAGCACUGUCAUCUACCCAACAUGUGACAAGUCAACAGAAUUAACUCUGCAUCUCUAAUCUGAAAACAAAAGCUUUGUUUAAGUGAUCCUGUUGCCCACACACAGUUAACUAACAGCAGGUGAGCUCAGGUUAAGCUGGUCUGCUCUGGACCCGUCAGGUCGCCCCCUGCUGGAUGUGAGCAGGUGAUACACAUCCUUCCACAUUUUAAAGAAGCCUGUUUCUUCUGCGUUGGGUCUCUGUAGGAUCUGCAGGGGGGUGGAUGUUGACAACACCUGUAAGCUGUGAGCAAGAUGAUCCCGAGGGUUUGUUGGCAGGUUGGAUUUCGAAAUUAUGUUGGAUGUUUCAGUCUGAACAGUCAGAAAGUAGCCGAUCGCUUUGCAAACAGAACUGUAUCAAACUAAUCAGCUGUGGAAAUCGUUCAUAUCCAUGAGUUUGGACCUUAGAGCUGAAACGUUCAAUCGAUUAACUGACUGACAGUAAGAGACUGGGCAGCUAUUGGAUAAACAGUUUCUUCAGCAUUUUGUUGUUUGUCAGACAAAAUAACGUGAUGACAUUACCUUUAAGAAAGUCUAACGAGCAUUUUUCACUAUUUUCUGACAUUUUACUGACCAAACAAUGAAUCCAGACAAGAAGCAGAUUAAUGGCUAAUACUGUUUCAGAAUCAUGAAGCUGAAAAAUAAUUUCCACAGUAAGUCUAACAAUGUCAAAUGAUCCGUCUGCGAUUCGCAUUUUUAUCCUGAAUAAAUCUAGAAAUUCAAAGUAUUCUUUAACUCACUUUCCACAAAGUUACAGAAGAAACUGUUUGAGGUCUUUUCCAUUAAAUUAAACUUUCACUGAAUUAAUCAGCUUUCAUUAGAAUUUAUUCUUGUGACGCUUCCACGCCUUCGUCUUUUAAUAAGA